CCUCACGUCCCUGCGGAUCGUUGGCAAGGGCGUGGAGGAGGUCGACGAUGGUCUGUUGAAGUUAGAGCAGCUGGAGGAGCUCAUCCUCAGCACCAACCGGAUCAGCAGGAUAACCUCAGCCAACCUGCCCCGGACACUGAGGGUCCUGGAGCUCUGCUGCAAUGCUGUAGCUGAUCUGCAGGACCUGUGUGCUCAGCCUCCUCCAGAACUGCAGCACCUGGGGCUGGGAUACAACAGGCUGUGCAGCCCUUUGCAGGACAAGUACCUCACUGCAGACUUCUGGCCAAAUCUUGUCUCCCUUGAUCUGAGCUUUAACAGCUUCACGGAUCUGCUGGAGCUGGUCUGCCAGCUGUCCAGUCUGCAGAAGCUCCGGAUCCUGCUGCUCCAAGGGAACCCUCUGGCUCUCAUUCCCACUUACAGAGGCUUCCUCGUGGACAGCCUGCCCAAGCUCUCCAUCCUUGAUGACAUCCACAUAGGGCCUGGUGAGAGGCACCAGUUCCAUGGUGUGGCAAGGCAGCCAGAGCUGGCCAGGAGCGAAGCACGAGUGGUUGUGAGUGUUGGGGAAGUCAAGGGAGUCCCUGAUCCCAGCGCUCAGCAGCUGGAGGCUGGCUCUGAGGCUCCGGUGGUCACCUACAGCUACUGUGUGACAUACGAGUUUGUGGGGGGAGAGGAGAUCCCGGAUGGCAGCAGCAGCACCGAGGUAGCAAAAAUCCAUCAGAGUCCCACAGUGGCCACUCUGGAUGUGAACAGCUCUGUGGAAGACACUGGAGAAGCCAAGAGCCAGCAGGAGCCUGCAGCCAUGGAUGAGCCCAAGGCCUACCCAGCAAAGGUGUUUGUCACCCCUGGAAAGCCCUGGGAAGACACCAUCGACUGUGGCUACAGGAAGGAGCACACUGCCAAGGACUUAGUGGGGCUGAAGUCCUACCUGGCAGCUGGAACAAUUGUCUCUGUUGUGGAGGAGAAGGUGCUCUCAUGGCCUCUUCAUACUGACUCACAAGAAAAUGCAGGCACGAAGGGGAAGGCAGGACGAGGGCUGCAGAAGGAUGGUGCCAAGGGUCCUGCGACGAGGGACAAGCACGAAAAGAAGAAGAAGAAGCCAUGUGAAUUCCGGAGCGACCCUCCCAUUUGGAGGACCCUGGGCACCAGGAGGGUGGCCCUGGAGGCCCUGCUGGCCACCCAGGACCUGGUGGCAACUGUGUGUGACUUUGGGAUCCUGAUCACUGAGCAACCGCUGCAGCCAGCAGGUCUGGAGGAGAAGGACAGGGGAAAAGGCAAAGAGAAGAGCAAACAUCCAAAGGCAGAGAGAGAAAUUCAGGCCAGCCAGAAAACCACGGCGUCUGGCAGAGUGCAGAGCCCACCGCCUGCUCAGCCAGCGGCAUUGCUUAAGCUGCAGGAGGCAAACCUCACCCUGCCUCUUCCGGUGCCGCUGACGGUUCAGUUCCAGAUGCAGCUGCUUCGGUGGCCCGGGGCAGGCGGUACCCAGAGCCAGGAGGGCGUGGGGGACACCCCGUGA